GACGGCGUAAACUAUCUCUAGUCGGGGAUGAUGCUGGCUCCUUAAUUAAUUUCGUAGUGAGACGUUAAUCAUAUCACACGCACCGAGCCCGCCCCGCCCCGCGCCAACCUAGCAUCAUUUAGCCCAGAUAUCGCUCAGAGACCGUCGAUAUCUAUAGCGCCUUUUACGUUCUUUCAUACGGUGCGAUUUCAAGCGCGCUUCUUAUAAGGCAGUACUGGGGACGUGCUCUAUCGCCCUACGAUCUCAAGUUCUUGAUCCACGUAUGCGUUGCUUUUGAAAGAGCUUCCGACUUUCGACGUCGCCGUCUGAUCGUUCGAUUCGUAAUUCCACAACACACACACACACACACACACACACACACACACACACACACACACAACUGGUCUCCCUUCGCAAUGGAUCCGAGCAUGCUUCCACCACCGGUGAAUCCCAGCGAUCCUGGGAAAGGACCGUUGAUCAUCGGGACGACGUGGAUGUUGACCGGACUGUGUAUACCCGUGAUAGCAUUCCGAUUCUACGUGCGCAGCAGAGCGCCGAGUAGUCCAGGUCUGGACGACUGGAUAAUGUUGGCAGCGACAGUGCUCCAGAUUACAGCUCAGGCGUUCAUCACAGUGUCAUAUUCCUAUGGAAUGGGAAAACAUGACUUGGACCUCACGUACAAUCAAUUAGUCAACAUCUUGAAAUGGGUCUGGUUCAACAUCGUGCCCGGUAUUCUCGUCUCAAUUCUUGCGCGCAUAUCCAUCACCAUCCUUCUCAUCAGGAUCUUCAACCGGAAGUCAUGGCUGAAGGUGUAUUUGAUCAUUUUUACGAUCUUGCAGAGCAUCGGAGGCAUCAUGGUUAUCAUCAUCAUCUUUGCGCAGUCAGAUCCUGUCGAAGCUCUAUGGAACCCCUUGAUUCCGGCGAAACGAUGGAACCCUAACAUUCAGCUAUAUUCGUCAUAUCUGGUGCAAUCUAUGUUCUCCUUCUCAGACAUCACAUACACGUUCUUCCCCAUCGCCAUCAUCUGGAAACUACAGAUGCCGCUGAAGAAGAAGAUUGGUCUUGCCACCAUCAUGGCCUUCUCCCUGGUCACAGCGCUAGCAUCGAUCAUGAAGACUGUGCUCUCGCAGCCUCCGACAGGCGAACAGACCGACGCGCAGUACCACGCAGUCCAAUCCCUGCCAUGGGCCGUGGCUGAGCAAUGUCUCGUCAUCAUCCUCGGCUCCGUGCCCACGUUCGCAUCGCUGAUUAUGAGGAUCAACCUGGCAUCGAUCCGCUCAUUUGGCUCAUCAAUAUUCAGCAAGUCAAAGGAGAAGUUCAGCGCGACCAGCAGCCAAGACUCCUACCUCGCACUCGGUGUGCGGCCUACCUCGGGCAGAUUCGGCGGGACGCGCAGCGACUCGCCUGCUCCUCUAGACUCGGUCCAUCACAACAACUCGUCACACAAGGACAUUGUGCACACAGAUGGAUACGCGGUGUCAUCUGUCGGCGAUGGACGCUAGACAAUGGUGCAGAGGUUUAAUUUUUUUUCUUCAUUUCUGUUUAUAGUUAACGAUAGAAUUACAUAUGACUUGCAACUUUCUUCUGGGCAG